AUGGCCCAGCUUCGCCUCACCGACUUUUUCGGCCUCACCAAAGCGGCUCCCGGAGCCCCGGACAAGCGCGGCGGCUCCCGGCUCAAAGCCGCCCCUGCCAUUCCCCCGGGGCUCCGGGAGGCAGAGAAAGAGGGGGUCCCGGUGGGGCUCAUCCCCCACCUCCCCCCGCUGCCCCCCUCACCGCGCACCCCGGCUGGCAGAGGCUCCCCGGGGGUGCGGGGGUUGGCGGGAAGGAAGCGGAGCCGCCGGGAGAUGGAAGAGGAAUCGCCGAGCGGGACCCGGUGCGGGGAACCCGGCAGGAAAUCGGCACGGAAGAGGCUGGAGCUGCCGCGGGAUGCGGGGCAGGGGAUACCGGGCGCGACCACCAGCCCUUCAGCCACUGCUGGUCCCCAAAAGUCAUCUUUGCUAGAGGGGGGCACCUCCUGCCCCCCCAGCCAGAGCCAGGACGGGGGGACACAGCCCAGGACAGCCCCCCAGGGGACAACUCGGCGCUUGCAGCGGGAGGACCUGGCUGGGCUUCGGAGCCGCCUGCAGAAGGUGAAGGUGCUGGGACAUCGUGGGGACAAGCUGCCACCCAUCCCCUCUGGGGCCAGCACUGACCUGCAGGACCGACUGGAGAGGGUUCAGCAGCUGAAGCUGCGGAUCCAGGAGAGGAAAGCAGGAGCCACACCAGGAGCACGACCCUCUGAGGACACCGGGGUGGCAGCUCCUGUGGCAGAGGCUGGCAGCAAGAAGCCCCCCGCAUACCAGCGGUUCCACACCCUUGCCCAGGACCUGCCCCCAGGGCUCUCCCUGCCUUACAAGUUCAAGGUGCUGGCAGAGAUGUUCCGGAGCAUGGACACCAUCUCUGGGAUGCUCUUCAACCGUGCUGAGACCAUCACCUUCGCCAAGGUGAAGCGGGGGGUGCAGGACAUGAUGCACAGGCAGUUUGAGGAGCGGCACGUGGGGCAGAUCAAGGCAGUGUAUCCCACCUCCUACAGGCUGCGCCAGGAGAAGAACGUCCCCACCUUUGGUGGGAAGAAGUCUGAGUAUCAGCUCACCCUGGAGCCAGUGGUGGGGGAAGAGGAGAAGGUAGGUGGCCGCCCACACUUGUCAGCCUCACGCUUGCUGGAGCGCAGGAGGGAGUUCCACCGCAACCUGGUGAACAUCGUCAAGCAGCACCACAAGGCAUUCCUGGCUGCCCUCAACCCUCCCAUGGUGGUGCCAGAGGAGAAGCUGACCCGCUGGCAUCCCCGCUUCAACGUGGAUGAGGUGCCAGACAUCACCCCGGCAGAGCUGCCACAGCCACCCCAGGAGGAGAGGCUCACCACGGCCCAGGAGGUGCUGAGCACAGCUCGGGGGAUGCUGCCCCCCAAGAUGGAAAAAGCUCUUGCCAACCUGGCCUUAAGAAAUGCUGAAGCCGAUGCAGGGGAACCAGUGGUUUCCAAAGCCCCAUCCCCUGCCAGCACCUCCAGAGCUCUCAAAGGGGUGUCCCAAGCCCUGCUCGAGAGGGUCCGGGCGAAGGAGAGGCAGAAGCUGGAGGCUCUGCUGACCCGGGAUGCAGGGCAGGAGGAGCGGGUGGCCAUGCUGGGGAGGCUGCCAGCCAUGGCUCGUGUCCUGCGUGGGGUCUUCGUGGCCGAGAAGAAACCGGCGCUGAGCAUGGAGGUGGCUUGUGCCCGCAUGGCUGAGAGCUACAACACCCAGAUGCCUCCUGGUGAGAUGGAGAAACAUCUGCGGCUCUUUGCAGAGCUGCUGCCCGACUGGGUGGGGAUCCACACCAUCAGGACAGACACCUAUGUCAAGCUGGACAAGGGGAAGGACCUCAGCAUCAUCACUGAGAGGCUCAGCAAGGCCCUGAAGGAGGCUGAAGGCCUCUGAGAUCCCAAGGGUUGAGGCUUCCUCCGUGCAAUCUCCUCUAGAUGUAGCAAAUCCCGAGCAUGCUCUGGGGACUGGUGUGGGCUGAUGGGAGACUCAUCCUCAGGGAUGUCCAAAACACCUUCAUUAACAAUCUCACUAAUUUAUAACAACCAGGUACCUGCAGACUGUAGCUUCUCUAACAUUCAAGCUGUAGGCAGGCAGUCCUGGGGUGACAAGGAAAGUGGUGAACAGCUUGUCACCUCCUCUUGGCUUUGCUGGUUUCUCCUGAAGGUUUGCUGCUGCUGGCAGGUUUUCUCCGGAAGGUUUGGUGCAGGAAG